GAACCAGGAAGGCCAGUCCGCCACGGAUUUCCGAACUCGCGUCUUGUGGCUCGUAUUGCGGCCGCCUUCUUUCCGUCCCCCAGAGCUGCGGGGAAAGAUGGAUCGGCACCGGCCGCGGCUGCACCACCCGAAGCAGGGCUCCGCUGCCGGGGCCCCCUACCCCGCCUCCGCCUCGCUUCGCAGCUGCGGGGAAAGCAAGAUGCUGCGCAGGAAGGGCCCCCAGCACCCUCCGCCCAGCGCCGCGGAGGAGCCUGGAGAGAAACGCCCCAAGUUCCACUUAAAUAUUAGGACCCUGACGGAUGAUAUGCUGGACAAAUUUGCAAGCAUAAGAAUUCCAGGGAGCAAGAAAGAGAGACCUCCACUUUCCAACCUGAAGACUGCGUUUGCAAGCAAUGAUUGCUCUUCAGAGGUGAUGGAAAACAUUCCAAAGCCACUGUCACAGAAUGAAGUCUUAGAACUUUUCGAAAAGAUGAUGGAAGAUAUGAAUUUAAAUGAAGAUAAGAAGGCACCAUUGCGGGAAAAGGACUUCAGCAUCAAAAAAGAAAUGGUGAUGCAGUACAUUAAUACUGCUUCCAAGACAGGAAGUCUUAAGAGUAGGCGACAGAUCUCACCUCAGGAAUUCAUCCAUGAACUGAAAAUGGGGUGUGCAGAUGAGAGACUUGUCACAUGUCUGGAGUCCCUCCGCGUGUCUUUGACUAGUAAUCCUGUGAGUUGGGUGGAGAGCUUUGGACUCGAGGGGCUUGGAUUAUUACUGGACAUUUUGGAAAGACUGAUUAGUGGCAAAAUACAAGAAAAAAUUGUAAAGAAGAAUCAGCAUAAAGUCAUACAGUGUCUAAAGGCUUUGAUGAAUACACAGUACGGCUUGGAAAGAAUUAUGAGUGAAGAGAGGAGUCUUUCUUUAUUAGCCAAAGCCAUCGAUCCCGAGCACCCAAGUAUGAUGACAGAUGUGGUGAAACUCCUGUCUGCGGUAUGCAUUGUAGGAGAAGAAAGCAUCCUUGAAGAGGUUUUAGAAGCUUUAACAUCAGCUGGAGAAGAAAGAAAAAUUGACAGAUUUUCACCUAUUGUGGAAGGUCUCCGACACGAUUCAGUUCAAUUGCAAGUAGCGUGUAUGCAGCUCAUCAAUGCCCUUGUUACAUCUCCUGAUGAUUUGGACUUCAGGCUUCACAUCAGAAAUGAAUUUAUGCGUUGUGGAUUGAAAGAGAUCUUGCCAAACUUAAAAUGUUUGAAGAACGAUGGCCUGGAUAUCCAGCUUAAAGUGUUUGAUGAGCAUAAGGAAGAAGAUUUGCUUGAGUUCUCCCAUCGCCUUGAAGAUAUUAGAGCUGAACUUGAUGAAGCAUAUGAUAUUUACAACAUGGUGUGGAACUCAGUUAAGGAAACUAGAGCGGAGGGAUAUUUCAUUUCUAUUCUUCAGCAUCUUUUGCUGAUUCGAAAUGAUUAUUUUAUAAGGCAACAGUACUUCAAAUUAAUUGAUGAGUGUGUAUCUCAGAUUGUAUUGCAUAGAGAUGGGAUGGAUCCAGACUUCACAUAUCGAAAAAGACUAGAUUUAGAUUUAAGUCACUUUGUUGAUACUUGCAUAGAUCAAGCUAAACUAGAAGAGUUUGAAGAGAAAGCAUCGGAACUUUACAAGAAAUUUGAAAAAGAGUUUACCAACCACCAAGAAACUCAGGCCCAACUGCAGAAAAAGGAAGCACAAAUUAAUGAACUUGAAGCAGAGUUACAAGCUUUUAAGUCACAGUUUGGUGGCUUGCCCGCUGGUACGAAUAACGCUUUGCCGCUGUCCAAAGAAAAUGGAACUGGCCCCCCAGCACUGGCUCCUCCUCCGCCACUGCCCUCCUGUGGAGGCGGGCCGCCUCCACCCCCUCCCCCACCCCCUCCUCCACUUCCAGGAAUGCCAAUGCCCUUUGGUGGUCCUGUGCCCCCACCACCUCCCCUGGGAUUUCUCAACGGGCGAAACUCUCUUCCUCCACCAACCCUACCGUUUGGGUUAAAACCAAAGAAAGAAUUUAAACCUGAAACCAGCAUGAGGAGAUUGAAUUGGUUAAAGAUCAGACCUCAUGAAAUGACUGAAAACUGUUUCUGGAUAAAAGCAAAUGAAAAUAAGUAUGAAAAUGUGGAUUUGCUUUGUAAACUUGAGAAUACAUUUUGUUGCCAACAAAAAGAGAGAAGAGAAGAGGAAGAUUUUGAAGAGAAGAAAGCUGUUAAGAAAAAAAUUAAAGAGCUUAAAUUUUUAGAUUCUAAAAUUGCUCAGAACCUUUCAAUCUUCCUGAGCUCUUUUCGGGUGCCAUAUGAGGAAAUCAAAAUGAUGAUACUGGAAGUGGAUGAAACACAGUUGGCAGAGUCUAUGAUUCAGAACCUAAUAAAGCAUCUUCCUGAUCAAGAACAAUUAAGUUCAUUGUCUCAGUUCAAGAGUGACUAUAACAACCUAUGUGAACCUGAGCAGUUUGCUGUUGUGAUGAGCAAUGUGAAGAGACUACGGCCACGGCUCAGUGCUAUUCUCUUUAAGCUGCAGUUUGAAGAGCAGGUGAACAACAUCAAACCUGACACCAUGGCUGUCAGUACUGCCUGCGAGGAGAUAAAGCAGAGCAAAAGCUUCCGCAAGUUGCUGGAACUUGUGUUGCUAAUGGGAAACUACAUGAAUGCUGGCUCCCGGAAUGCUCAAACCUUCGGAUUUAACCUUAGCUCUCUCUGUAAACUAAAGGACACAAAAUCAACAGAUCAGAAAACAACACUACUUCAUUUUCUGGUGGAAGUAUGUGAAGAAAAGUACCCUGAUAUCCUGAAUUUUGUGGAUGAUUUGGAACAUUUAGACAAAGCCAGUAAAGUCUCUGUAGAAACGCUGGAAAAGAAUUUGAAGCAGAUGGGAAGGCAGCUUCAACAGCUUGAGAAAGAUUUGGAAACCUUUCCCCCUCCUGAGGACUUGCAUGAUAAGUUUGUGACAAAGAUGUCCAGCUUUGUUAUCAGUGCAAAAGAACAAUAUGAGAAACUUUUUAAGUUACAUGAAAAUAUGGAGAAGUCAUACCAGAGUAUGUUGGGAUACUACGCCAUUGAUGUGAAGAAGAUGUCUGUGGAAGACUUUUUAAAUGACUUGAAUAACUUCAGAACCACAUUCAUGCAAGCAAGAAAGGAGAACGUCAAAAAAAGAGAAGCAGAGGAAAGGGAAAAACGUGCCCAAAUAGCCAAAGAAUUGGCAGAGAAGGAAAGGCUUGAACGCCAACAAAAGAAAAAGCGCUUAUUAGAAAUGAAGACUGAGGGUGAUGAGACAGGAGUGAUGGAUAGUCUGCUGGAGGCUUUGCAGUCGGGGGCUGCCUUCCGCGACCGCAGAAAAAGGACACCAAAACCAAAAGAUAUUCGGCAGAGUCUCAGUCCCAUGGCUCAGAGGCCUGUUCUGAAAGUUUGUAACCAUGAAAAUCAGAAAGUGCAGUUGACAGAAGGGUCACGUUCACACUACAAUAUCAAUUGCAACUCAACGAGGACUCCAGUCGCCAAGGAGCUUAAUUAUAAUCUAGACACUCAUACGUCUACGGGGAGGAUCAAGGCAGUUGAGAAGAAGGAAGCCUGUAAUGUAGAAAGCAACAGAAAAAAGGAAAUGGAACUUCUUGGCUCUGUUUCUAAAAACGAAUCUGUUCCCGAAGUUGAAGCCCUGCUGGCAAGAUUACGAGCUUUAUAAAUUAAGCUGGUAAAAAAUGAUUAAGCCAAAUAUAAAGCCAUGCUCCAAGCUAUACCACUUGAAAAAAAAAUUGCUUUUUAUAUAGGUGACUUUAUAUAGUUUAAAUUAUGAUAUAUGUUAGAAAAAUAAAGCUAAAUAACAUGAUUGCAGUGCUUUUUCUAUGUACUUGAGGUCUUGGCUUAUUCAAGAUUGUAAUGGGUUGUAAUGCUUUUCUUGUCUCCUGGUAUUCAUGUGUUCUAUAUUUGGUGGUUAAAUUAUACAUAAUGCUUUAGAAAACAGGUAGGUGGCCAUGUGUUCAGCAAUGUGUCCUGAAGAAAAUACCACUUUUCUAAGUCACUAAUUCUUACCGUCCUGUUUUCAGCAUUAAUGAAAAUCAAAUCAUCAGUGUCAACUCUUGAUCUAUAUACAUACAUAUUCCAUGCAUGUUGUUUAUAUUGGCCCAGGUUUCUCCUUCACUGGGAUCUUCAUGCUAUCAAUGUAGCAUCGGGAACAUAAAAUUGAAUCUAAGAGAGCCGUGAGGAAACGCAUGUAAGCUCAUUGUUAUCAUUGUUGAAUUCGUGUUCAUUAGACCCUGUAGGAGACUAUAAGGCUGUUGAGCACAUUUCCAAAAAUGAUGUACUGGAAUGUAUGCACUCUUUGCAAAACGCACCUGCUUUUGUAUCAAGUGGAUGUAUAAGGUAUUACAGUGCUGCCGAAACUCUGAACCGAGAGAGCGUUUUUCCCUUGGUAAUUGUGACUCUGGGAUCGAAUUGCCAUUUUGAAACUUCCCAAGUAACAGUUUUUUUUUUUCUGUGAACAAACCUGAAAUUGCAGUUUCUUUGAUCUGACAAUAAGUUUAACAAAGAUCUAAAGUGUGUCAAGGAAGGUUUUCCUAUGCAAAUGUUGCAAUUUUACCUCAUUUGGGGCAUCACAUUAACUCUUAAUUCUACACUAAAGAAAAUAAACUUGCUACUUGCACUAAGUGAAAAAAAAAAUUGGGGAUUUUUUUUGUAGUUAGCAUAUUCUGUAGAUAAGCUGUAACUAGACUGUGCUGUGCCGUCCAUCUGAGCUUUUUUGCUUUAUUACAUGCAAUAAGUAAAUGACUGCUCUUUUACCUUCAGUUAAAAAGCAGUUAUUAUCCAUAUACCUUCAGUUAUGUGGAACCAGUCUGACGAGGUCCACUGCUUUUUAUUUCCUUGUUUAAGUUGCCACCUCCUUUCAGCUCCAAGUUAAUAAAGUUAAUUAAUUAGAACUAUGAACCAGGCCCUGUUUAUAGACAUUGGGGAAUGAUGCUAUCCACAGCCUGUGUAGGAAGAAAUUGUUCUCCUAGGUAUUGCUGAAAUAGGAAUUGCAACUGGAGGGCAAGAUGCAUAUUUUCCUGAGAGUAAAUCUUCAAAAUCAAGAAAGGUGAAGGACGUUGACACAUUUUAGAUGACAGGACCCUAACGGCAAGAAGGGAAGCUAAAUAAAAGAAUACUGACUGUCGGUUCUUCAUGUGAUUCUGCAAAGACGGGGGCUUUUCAGAAACAAAACUGAAAUCCAACCAGAUAGUUUGGACAUACCAGGUGGUAGGUAAACACUCUGGAAACGUGGGGCCAGGGAGGAGCAGCCUGGCAAGUAAGGGGAAGUGACGAUGACGCAGACCCCCAGGGGCAGAGACAUGCAGGCAAGGCCUAAGCCGGAGCCAUCAGGCCCCAGACCAUCUGUCUGCAGGAGCCGAAGGACAGCCAUCUAGCGGGACGACCAAGAGUCCAAAGCUAGCAGAGCACCCGCCGGGGCUGGCCUCCUGCAGGUCAGCAGCCCACUCCCUUCCUGUCACUGACUGACAGGAGUCUGAGCAGGCCCGAAUAGGGGGCCUUGUUUUAGAUUUUCCUCUCCACAGCUAGAGUUCACAGCGCUAAGAGCCAAUCAAGAGACAGAUCAGUUUCUGCAGCAGAUAUUUCACUGAUAAAUGUGCCUUCAACAAUGGGCAGGAGGGGGGGAUGAUUAGGGUUUUAUGAAAAAUUCUUAAUAUUACUUUAGCCAACUGUAGCUGGAAAUUAAAGGGAUGACCUUUAAUUUGAGGGCAAACAUUGAGGUACAAUUUCAUGUUUCUGGGCAAACAAGUCUUCAUUUGAAUUAGCAGGUAAACUUGAAGCCAAAACACAGCUCAGCACCCUUGAUUAGGAUGUUCCAUCCAUGCCAGUGACAAACCCCAAAUAGGUUCUCACUCCCUCUCUGGUCAGUGUAGAGAAUUUGGCAAAAACACACAGAAAACUAAGUGAUCACUGAGUUGUCCAAAAGCAAAGACCUGCUGCUGCUAAGUUUUCCCAAAUAUCUGAAGGGAUUUAAAAAUAAGGGAAAUGAUCUAAUCAAUCAUAUAGCACAUCCUGUCUCCCACCCCCCCCAUUAUCCUCAUUGCAGAUAGUACCAAACCCUAUAUGAUUUUUCCUAUACAAAGUUUAUAAAUUAAGCACAGUAAGAGAUUAGUAGCAAUAACUAAUAAUAGAACAAUUAUAACAAUAUACUAUAAUAAAAGUUAUAUGAAUGUAGCCUCCAUCAAAAUAUCUUAAUGUAGGGGUACCUGGGUGGCUUGGUUGGUUGUGUGUCCAACUCGAUUUUG